AUUUGUACCUACUUGUUCUUGAUAUAGAUACGUGUUAUUCGCUGAAGACCAUUCUAAGAAGCAAGUUUUAUGUAACCUUAAAAACUUGAAAGUGUUUGUUUUUGUCUUGACUUGUAUUUUAUGUUAUUUAUGUUGGUGCAAAAUAGUGCUGAAGUCUGUCGAUAAAAACGUUGGAAAUUUUGAAAUGGAAGAGAAACAAGAUAAAUCUAAGGCAGAUUUAGAUGAAGAGGAAAACCGAAACGAUAGUCCUGAACUAUCAACCAGCACGAAAGAAAAUGUACAAUGUACUUUGAAAUCUACUAGCAGCGCGAAAUAUUCACCAUGUAUAAAUACGUACAUAGUGGAUGAAGGGGAAGCAGAAAAUGAUGUGGAAAUUGUUACUUAUAAAUUGUUCAGAUGCUCAACACCUACUGAAGAUAAAGAAAUAAUGACCGCAAACAUGGCGACAAAUCAGGAUAGAAUAAGAAUGGCACCAAAAGAUCACACAAAUGUCGUAUAUAGAUCUGACGAGUCCGAGGACGAAGACGAAGACGAUAACAUGAUGACGAUAAUAGAAAAAGUCAUAAACGAUUUCGAUGAAAAGUCUCGACUCAAAAAUAACAGACAGAAAAACGCAUCCUUAGAACUGAUAAACCUAUCCAAGAGUUCGGACGAGACCGAAGAUCGAAACGACAGAAUCGAAGCGAUGAUGAGUUGGAAUCCUGACGAAACUAAAAAAUUCCAAACUCUCAAAAUCCCAGAAGUCGAUCAGGACCCAGACUACGAAAGAUAUCUUCAAAACGCAGAAUUGGAACACGUAUUGUCCGAUAAUUCCCUGCUCGCAGAAGCAAUUUCUCAGCUCAGACUGAAAUUCAAGCUAUUUCUCUCCGACUUGGACUUGAAAACAAACAUCCUCAGAUCACCUCAAAAGAAUUUUGUUCUUCCUUCCAAGUGUCUGGGCGGAAAAUAUGGGAAUAAAGCCUCAGUCCGUGCGAACAAUGGUCCCAAGAUGAGCGUUCUCGAGAUUAUCGAAGCUUCGAGACAAGCUAGAAGGAAACAACUAGCAUCUCUUCGAAAUUACGCUAAAAAAAGCAACGUACCCUUCACAAAGCAUUUCGAUACGGAUGGCACCUGCUGUAGAAACGAUGGACACGAAGACGUCUUAUCCAUACUGAGCAGAGAUCCUGAACACAGACGUUAUUUGAAAUUUGUUCUGUCCACUUUACUCAUCGAGCUUCAGAAAUGUGAACGAUAUGUCGUCAAUAUAUCCCUAGAGAAUGAAGACGAAGUCAAAGACAUAACAGAUCGACAAGAUGAACUAUGCGAUCGAAUACUCUACUCGAAAACAAUUGAAAAAGAAGAAGAAAGAGGAGUGGAAUGUAAAACUUUAAUGAAACAUAUGGGUCCAACCCCAAGAUACGUCCUCCCAAAGCGCGAGUUGAAGAAAACAUACCAUCACUUACGCGUCACAAAUGCUCAUCGAAAAAGAAGGACCGGUAAUGAAUUGAAUAGCCAUACAGAUUCAAAUCUGCCCUCGAGAAACGAUAAAAAAGAAUCUCCUCCAGAAAGGAUAUUUAACGAUAACUCAGAUAUAAGCAUCAACACAACCUCGUCUGCUAUCAAUUCAUCUCGCCCAAUGGAAUUGCCUUUCCAUGAAUCUCCUAAUUUAUCUACCUCUCUCAUUGGCACCCCUCAAGCUCCCACCACAGAGGAACUGCACUUGCAAAAUGAUCAAAUUAAAGAUCAUGUUGAAGUGGAGAAAACCUGUCUUGAUACUGGGGAUUCGAAGACUUCUGCCAAGGCAGUUGAUAACCUGAAACUGUCACCUCAAAUGCGAAAUGUUUCUACUGAUGGUGUUCAAGGAAGUCCGUGUUCGGAUCUACUCGAUGAUCUAAUAAUUUCAACCCCUUCAGAUGAUGGGGGUGAGAGUAACUUCAUUCGAUAUCCUAUAGAGGAGCCAAUUGUCUAUUACAUAAAAAACACCUCAACGGAAGAACCAAAUCAGGAAGGAGAGACAAGCGGUGGUAUUGAAAUUGUUGAAGGGUCUAACAGAAGUGAUAGAGCCGUUCCUUCUCAAAAUUCUCCAUCUCCCGGACAACAAGAAGAUGGAAGAAAUACUCACGAUGAGAGUUCAUCGGUCUCAGGGGUUGUCUGUAGCAAUUUUCAAUCAACAUGUUUGCAUUUCGAUAUAAUGAAAAAAUUUUUAGAUGAGUUAGAAACUGUUGUAAUACAGGCAGAGAGUGAUAUAACUGAGGAAUUGGAGAAAUUAGGGAAUUAUGAAGAUUUCGAGAAGCCUUUAUUGGAAGAAGCGCGAAGGUUGUCUGAGGAUUGAGUUGACAGUGAACAUAAUUUUAUUUUUUUUAUGCAAUAGUCUUGCAUAUUUUAUCUCUGAUAUUAUAUAUUUGAUUAGACCUUAGAAUAAUGUACAAUGUAGAAAAGAUGUAGAUAAUAAGUUUUUAUUAUAAAUGAAAAAAAAAGGAUACAUAAGAAAAAAUUUAGUGAAAAAUUAUUGAUAUUUAUGUAAAUAUUUGUUUUGUAUGUGUUUUAUGAUAUAAGUAUAUAUGUAAAUAUAUGUACACAAAAAAAAAUUGUAGGAAAUUGAAAUAUACUACUGUAUGAUAUGGCGAAAUAAAAAUCUAAUAUGCAUUAACGCCCAUAAA